AUUGCCUCCAUCGAACUGGACCGGCUUACCUCUACCUCCUCCUUCACCACCGUCACCUCCUCGGGCGACUGUCGCUCGUCAUCGUCAUCGGCGGCGUCCUGCUCGACGGCCACCACGGCGGCCACCACCACCACAGCUGCUCCUGCUGCUGCCAACACUGUAAACGGAAAUCAAAGCAGCACAAAUGCUUCAGCACAGGCCAACGCCUCUUCAACUACCUCUUCCACGCCCACCUCAUCCUCAUCUUCUUCGGCGGCCGCUCGCGCCACCGCGGCGGCCUUUGCGGAGCGCGUCCGCGCGGCCUCAGCGGCCGUCACCUCCGGCGACCUCACCGGCGCCGUCCGCCUCUAUACCGAGGCGCUGAAGCUGGACUCGAGCACGAAUGCGCACAUUCUCUACGGCAACCGCUCGGCCGCCUACUGCCGCCUGGGCAAGUACAAGCGGGCGCUGCAGGACGCCAUCAAGGCGAGGCAGCUCAACCCUAGCUGGAGUAAGGCCUACUACCGACAGGGCAUGGCGCUACAG